AUGAAACCUCCCUCAGGAAUGAAACCUCCCUCAGGAAUGAAACCUCCCUCAGGAAUGAAACCUCCCUCAGGAAAGAAACCUCCCUCAGGAAUGAAACCUCCCUCAGGAAUGAAACCUCCCUCAGGAAUGAAACCUCCCUCAGGAAAGAAACCUCCCUCAGGAAAGAAACCUCCCUCAGGAAUGAAACCUCCCUCAGGAAUGAAACCUCCCUCAGGAAUGAAACCUCCUUCAGGAAUGAAACCUCCCUCAGGAAUGAAACCUCCCUCAGGAAUGAAACCUUCCUCAGGAAAGAAACCUCCCGCAGGAAUGAAACCUCCCUCAGGAAUGAAACCUCCCUCAGGAAAGAAACCUUCCUCAGGAAAGAAACCUCCCUCAGGAAUCAAACCUCCCUCAGGAAUCAAACCUCCCUCAGGAAUGAAACCUCCCGCAGGAAUGAAACCUCCUUCAGGAAAGAAACAUCCCUCAGGAAAGAAACCUCCUUCAGGAAAGAAACCUCUCUCAGGAAUGAAACCUUCAGGAAGGAAACCUCCUUCAGGAAAGAAACCUCCCUCAGGAAUGAAACCUCCUCAGGAAUGA